AUGCUGUGCGCUGCUCGGCAUCCGUGCGGGAUCCCAUGGGCGCCUAUACUGGGUUCCAGAUCACUGUGUACGAGCUUGACAUUGCUGCGAUCUGGCCCAAAGGCUCCACGCCAGCGACGUGGAGGGAACGAAGGCGCUUCGCAAUCGACCUUUCCCAAGCUCAAGCCCAAGCGAGCCUCACCGCCGAUCCCAGCCCGACGUGGGGGCAACAACUCGAGCGCUUCGACGCAGACCAAGUGGAAUUCAUUCGCACGCAAAAGCACUGGCUUCAAUCCUGCUACCUCGUCUAGUUCGCGCGCGUCGUCGUCCGACAUCAGCGUUGGUGCGCUGCUCGAUAGGCUCGAGGUGCAACUCAAGUCGAGCUGGAGCAAGGCCGAUCCGUCCAUCAAAGCAGUUGCACGCGACAUGGGACUCGACCAAGAAGCCUUUUCGAAUCUGGCUCGACGUUUCGCGAAUGACGCUCUGUCUCACCUGCGCGAGAACCGAGCUCAACUCGAAAGGGGCGUCGAUGGCCGUCCUCAAACCGAUGAGAACGGUGUCUCCACCCCGGCAAUCGUGUGGGAUCUGCCCCGCGUCAAGUCCAGCUACAUCAAUGAUGGACCGUCGAGCAUCACAAAUGCGUGUUUGCGCAUGUUCGUGCACUGGGCCCGUCAGCAACCUCUACCACCGGCCGUAGGGUGGACCGCCGCCACCACCACUCGCGAUCCCAAACUCGUCGCCAACAUCACCCUGUCGAAAUUGCAUCACCUCGCCGAGGCGACCGACCGCCGCUACCCUGGCGAAGCUUACCCUCGCACUCGAGCUCGAAGACGCAAGCUGAUCCUCCACGUCGGACCGACCAAUUCGGGCAAGACCCACACCGCCCUCGUAGCUCUCGCUCGGUGCAGGCAGGGAGUCUAUGCCGGCCCUCUGCGCCUCUUGGCUCACGAAGUCUAUUCACGACUCAACAAUGGCAAGAUUGGCGAAGAGCCCAAGGUUGCUUGCAAUCUAUUGACGGGAGAAGAACAGAGGACCGUCGAUGUCGAUGCCGGUCUCACGAGCUGUACGGUCGAGAUGUUCCCCAUGAACAGAAAUCUCGACGUUGGCGUCGUCGAUGAGAUCCAGCUGAUCGCCGACUUCCAACGGGGGACGGCGUGGACGAAUGUCGUCAUUGGAGCCAACUGCAGCGAACUUCACCUUUGCGGCGAAGAAAGCGUUGUUGAACUCGUGCAGAAGCUUGCGCACGAACUCGGUGACGAGUGCAUCGUCAAACGCUACAGCCGCUUAUCGCCUCUCGUCGUGGCCGAGCACUCCCUCGGUGGCGACCUGUCCAAGAUUCAGAGAGGCGAUUGUCUCGUCACGUUCUCGAGGAGCAACAUCUUUGCCUUCAAGCGCGCGGUUGAGGAAAAGACGGGGCUUAAAGUCGCCGUUGCGUAUGGGGGCUUGCCACCCGAAGUGCGAGAGGAACAGGCGAGGAUGUUCAACGAAGGGGCUUACGAUGUGCUCGUUGCUUCCGAUGCGGUGGGAAUGGGUCUCAACCUGUGAGCUAGGAGACCACUUGUUCGAUUCACACUGCAGAAACUGAAUCAAUCUCGUGUCACGUUUCCAGUAAAGUUCGACGCAUCGUAUUUGAAAGCCUUCACAAGUGGGACGGCAAAGCCGAGAUUCAACUCCCGACGCCGCAGAUCAAGCAAAUCGCCGGACGAGCAGGUCGAUUCGGCCUCCACACGCCAACCAGUCCAUCUGGUCCCGACGACGGCUCCGUCUCCGUCGAAGACGUCGUGGGCGAAGCGACCUGCCUCGACGAGGACGACAUGCCCAUCCUGAUCGACGCCAUGAAGACGCCGACGAUCAAGGUCGAACGGGCUGUGCUCGAAACAAGUCUAGCCGCGUUCCAACGCGUACAAGCCUUACUACCAGCCCACACGCCUUUCUCCAAAGUCUUCCGCCUCGUCCAGAUCCUAUCCCGUACCAAUUCCGAGCUGUAUUCGAUCCCUUCGAUCCGCUCGGCGAGUCAGGUCGUCGAUGCGAUCGCGCACAUCGGACCACUAAGCUGCGACGAGCGCCUCUUGUUCGGCAACGCGCCCGUCAACAUGCGCGAUGUCAACGUCGUCAGUGCUUUGGUUCAUUUCGUUGAAGAGUUUGCUGCGGGGCGACCUAUCAUGAUGGAGAGGUGGACGAAGACGAGUGGGGUAGCGGAUGCUUUGGAACUCAUUGACGAAGUCACGGCGGCGCAGGAAGCCCGUGGUACGACGGCAUCCAAAGCAUCCGCCGGUACAGGAACAACUGCCGAAACCGUCGUCACGGCGUUCCAAGCUUCGCAAGCACGCGCUCUCGUGUACAACUCGGAUUUCUUGAUGCGACUGGAGUCAUUCCAUCGAUGCUUGACCUUGUACCUCUGGCUCUCGUAUCGUCAAUGGUCCAUCUUCCAGGACCGAGAAGCGGCGAGGGCCCUGAGGAAAAAGAUCGAGGCCGGCAUUGAUCUCGUCUUGGGAGGUCUGAAGUUCGAGAGGGUCAGUCUUCGUGGGUGUUCGGUGGCGAGUGUACUCUGUUGACAUGUCGUCUUCCUUCUGCAGGUUUCGAGACCAUCAAAGAUGAAGCGCAACAGGGCUCGGGUUACCUCAAGAAAUGAUACACCCAUGUCCAAUCUCUUCGGCAAGAGUGGCAGUGGCUCGACAGAGCACGUCGCACGCCAAUGA